AUGAAGAUUCCAGUCCUCUUCGUGAUGACCACCUUUCUCGCGAUCUCUAUCUCCGAACUCAAUCGCAAACUCAUGCCAGUUGAAGUAGAUUGUAAUGAUAUAGUAAUACCAGUUGAAUAUUACUCUCAAACAGUGUUUUUCGAUAUGGACGUGCACAGUCAACCCGAAAUAAAAACAUGCAUCUUAAAGAACAGCCUUUCUAAUCUCUCGCGGAUCAUAAUAAGCGUGUACGCUACAAAGAUAGACAUUAGAGUCAACGUCACCAGAAACUUUAUAAAAACCAGUGAUAACCCCAAUGUUAUAGUCAUGACAAAAUAUUUGACACCGACGAUGAUCGACUCCUCAAUUUGGAAGUUCUUUUUUAGAUCCAGGUGGUCUGUAUUGUUCAUUGUGAUCACUGGAGACAAGUUUAAAUGCGAGAAUGGCACAAUGGACACGAGGAACUUGUCAUUGCUAGAAAGAAUGAUGAAUGUUCUGUGGCACAGGUUUCAAAUCAUGCGAGUUGCUAUACUAUUUCCCUUUGCAUGCGAACAAAAAGUUCUUCUCUAUCACGGAAAGCGUCCAUCGUCUAAAGGUUUAUAUGAUAGAUCGGUUAAAUUAUACAAUAAUUCCAACUACCAUAACACGUAUUUGGCUAUAAAGCAAAGCGGUGAAAAAUUGGCUGAUGACUAUCCUAUGCGGGGAAGUAUAUUUUAUAGAUAUCCUACAUCUAUUAAAGACUGCAAGAAUAUGCGCUACUAUGACUCGUGUUACAAUUUAAAGUUGACUGGUGGGUAUUGCGGUGUAGAUGGAAUGGUGAUGCACGACAUCCUCUCACAUUUAAAGUUUAAUCUGACCAUGCCGGAAAAUGAAAACUGCGACAACUACGGAACUGUGGGCUCUGACGGGCAUGGUGUUGGUGGCAAUAGCUUGCAUCCUAUGGGCCACUGCGCUGGUAAACAAAACGUUGACCGGUUCAGAGAUGGAGACAUUCUGGAGAUAUUUGUACACCAGCGUAUUGUCAACUAUGACUGGUUAUUCGCAGAUGAAUACAAAAUCUUUUCUGAUGAUAAGAAGCGCGUGUCUAAUGGGAUCAAUUCUGAUAUUAGCUCUAUAUCAAGUACACUAAUGCAUCGUCGAGAUUUAGUCACUAUAGACAGAAAAUCAGACGCCUUCAUGCAGAUUAUGCAGAACUACACAGACAGAUUUGGUACGCCUAUGAUCGACAUAGUGGACGAAUGUUUCUACACGUAUUAUUUGUCAUACGUUGCGCGGUCAGACUUUCCAUUCUUCGAAGACGUCCAAUAUUUCACGGAGCGUCUACAAGAAGCUGGCCUUCCGACAAUGUACUACAAGUGGACCCAGCAGAUGCUGGACAUCCCUAGAUUGGUUACAGACGACAACCGCAGCCUGCCACGACCUUUGUUCAAAAUAAGGUUGAGGGACCAAUGCGUUGCUUUUACGAUUCUAUUCAUUGGGUCCUUAUGUUCACUCGCAAUUUUCGCAGCUGAAAUAUGGAAAGGGAAACGUCAAAAUGAGGAAUCGCGAGUAGUGAAGAUAAAUCUUAAGUAG